AUAUAAAAUUUUAAAAGUCAUAAUCAAAGAAAUAAUGGAGAGGUCUACAACGAUCUGCUCCCAUUCCCAUAACUAAUUUGAGCACAAUUGAGAUGGAGGUGGAAUGGCUUCUUGUAAUCCACGGCCUGGUGACACUGCUAGUGUUGAUUUCUUUCCUCUGCGGCCAAUGGCCUAUUUUCGCAGGCACUUUCAUUCAAAAAAUCCAUUUUUUUCUCACUUUUGGUGCCUGUGAUUAUUUCCGCCGCUUUGUGGGUGCUGUGUUUGGUCAAAGAGGUUCCAAUGCACUCUUCUGCGUUGAGUACUAUUGUUGUGAUCGUCCUAAUCCUACUCUCCAGGUCAUAUAUUUGGGAAUAAUUGGAGCCAGUUACUACUUAAUUGUGCAGUCAGCCUUUAAGUACAUUCCUGGGCAUUACCUAGGUGAAGUGCACAGGUACAUAAGCUUGUUGGCAGUUGGUGGGGGUAUUCUCCUCUUUCUAUUGACUAGCUUUUCUGACCCAGGAACUGUGAAUGCUGGGAAUGUUUCACACUAUCUUUCUGCUUAUCCCUAUGACAAUAUUAUUUUCUCAGAAAAAGAAUGUCCUACCUGCAAGAUCCCAAAACCUGCUAGGUCAAAGCACUGCAGCAUUUGUGAUCGCUGUGUUGCUAGAUUUGAUCAUCAUUGUGGAUGGAUGAAUAAUUGCAUAGGUGAGAAAAACAGCAGAUACUUUAUGGCUUUUCUUCUCUGGCAUUUUCUUCUCUGUUUAUAUGGGGCAGUUGCUAUUGCACUUGUGCUAGCUGGCAGACUGAAAGAACUACGGGUUAUAGAUAUUCUUACUGUUUAUUAUGGCUUCGAGAAAUCAUUCAGUAGUUUGGCUCCACAUGUUGCAGUGUGGUUGUUGGAUUCAUACAACACUCAAAUACUUAUCAUGGUAUUUCUGGCUAUAAUUUCUAUGCUACUGGCCGGUUUCCUUGCAUACCACACCAAACUGUGUGUCACAAAUACCACAACAAAUGAGACUUUCAAAUGGCAAGAGUACUUAAGCUGGAAGAGGAAGGUUAAUGAAGCAAAGGCAAGUGCAGCAGCACUCAAAGCAAGUUUAGCUGAAUUGAACCAUGAAAAGAAGCACCCUGUGAGCAAAUGGAAAGCCUUCUUCCAAAGGUCCCGUCUUGAAGAAGUGGAGGUUGUUAAGAAUAACAUUUACGAUAAAGGAGUGCUCCAGAAUGUCUUUGAGAUUGUAGUUCCUCUUUCAACAAGACGGUCAUUCUUACAGAGGAAAUCAAAAUCAGGUUAGAGUUGUCAGUUGGUGACCCAUAUCUCAUAGGGUCUUGGUAGCUCGUCCUUGGUUCAAUGUCUUUAGUCUAAUCGUCAUACUACCAAGGAACCUAAAUGUGAAGCACAAUCAUUUUUGCCAAACAUAUCACUGACAAGAAUCGACAAGUCAUCUAUCUUUAUUCUUGGGUUAGCAUGACCAAUGCAGUUUAAUUGCAUGUGGUGAAAAGAUUGCACGAGUUCUGAGGAAGGGGGUUAAGUUUGUGCACCAGUGUUGCUUCCUUUUGCUUUUCUGCGGUUGCAGCUAUUGAAUGGAGGUGCUUACUGCUCUUUUUUUUGUGCAUUCUACUUCCUACUUGUGGUGCAGCCUAGGUUUCCUCAUAUUUCUUGGAUGUUUUUCAAUCUUUAUUCAACUUUUUAUACCUCUGUGCUGCUUAGCAGCAGAUUUAAUUAUGUACGAUGUAAUAGGACGAGAAUGAGUGCCUGGUAUCUGUUGCAAUCCCAAUGUAUUAUGUAUCCGCCAGCAGUGGAACUGGAGUUCGGAUUGAAUUCAAAUGAAUUUUGUGCUC